GGGGUGGUUCAGGAUGAUGUUCCUGCUCCUUUAGUGUGCUGGGGGGGUUCCAGGAUGACACUCCAGUCCAUUCAGCCGCUCCUGCCCAUCCCAAACAUUUCUUUCCCUCUCGUUCCCCCUCUGUCCCAGUUCCCCUCCACAGGCUGCCCAGGCCAUGGAGAAGUUCGGGAUGAGCUUCGGGGGCGGCCCCAGCAGGAAGGACCUGCUGGACACCAUCGAGGCGCAGAAGCAGCAGCUGCUGCGGUACCAGGCGCGGCUCAAGGAUGUGGUGCUGGCCUACAAGAGCCUGCUCAAGGAGAAGGAGGCGCUGGAGGCCAGCCUGAAGGUGCUCUCUGUGUCCCACGAGGGCCAUCUCCCAGCGCCCGGCCCUGGGGAGCCCCUGGAUGACCAGAGCUCCGAGCACAGCGAGGACAGUGCGGGCACAGCCGCCAGCGCCGACACCGCGGCCAGCGGGGCCAGCAGGGACACGGCGGCCAGCGGGGCCAGCAGGGACACGGUGGCCAGUGGGGCCAGUGUGAGCAGCACCACGGGGGACGGCGCGAGCGGCAGCACCGGGGACACCGCGGGCGGCGUGAGCUGCGCCGGGGCGGACUCCGAGCGGAGGCUCCUGCAGCUGAAGGCCCAGCUGGCCACCCUGACGGGCGCGCUGGCCACGGUGACGCAGGAGAAGUCGCGCAUGGAGGCCUCGUACCAGGCGGACAAGCGGCAGAUGCGGCAGGAGCUGGAGGAGGCGGCGCGGCGGGCGCGGGCCGAGGCGGAGCGGCUGGCGCUGGAGCUGGGGGGGCUGCGGGAGCAGCUGGCCGAGACCAAGGCCCGGCUGAUCACGCAGCAGCACGAGCGGGCGCGCGAGCAGGGCGACCACGCCGAGAUGCUGCGGGAGCUGCAGGAGCUGCUGCGCGCGGAGCGGGAGCUGCGCCGGGACGCGGAGCUGCGGCUGGAGCAGGGCCGGGACGCGCCCGCCGGCAGGGCCGGGGCGCCCGAGCGGGCGCAGGGGCACGAGCAGCACGUGCGGCAGCUGAGCCAGGAGCUGGAGGAGCUCAAGAGGGAGCUGCAGGGGGUGCGGGAGGAGAACAGCAAGGCCGACCCCCGCAUCCAGCAGCUCCAGGAGGAGAUGGCCGGGCUCAAGAACCACUUCCAGGUGCAGCUGGUGCAGGAGAUGAAGAAGACCGCCCAGGCCGAGGAGCAGCUCCGGCACCGCGCACAGAUGGAGGAGCGGCGCGUGGCCGACCUGGAGGCUCAGGUGUCCCAGGCGUCCGAGCUGCUGGGCACCUACGAGAAGGCCAAGCAGAAGGACCAGCAGGUCAUCCAGAAGCUCAAGGACCGCAUCGUGCAGCUGGACCUGGAGAACAAGACCUUGGCCAUCGCCGCCUCCAGCCGGGCCCCGGGGGACAUCCACGGCGAGGAGGCCAACCUGGACGUGAACGUGCUCAAGGACAAGAUGGAGAAGCUGAAGAAGCUCCUGCAGGCGGCCACCGGGAAGAGCCAGGCGGACGUGGAGGAGCCGUGCGAGCCGGAGCUGCCCAGGGGCUCCGGGGACGGCGAGAAGGCCACGGCCGGGUACUACCAGCAGGAGCUGAGGCAGCUGAAGGAGGAGUUCGAGCGCUACAAGGUGAGGGCCCAGCUGGUCCUGAAGAACAAGUCCAGCAAGGACAUCAACCUGGCCAAGGAGCUGGAGGAGGCCCAGGAGCAGCUGGGGGAGCUCAAGGAGAAGUACGUGGCGCUCCAGCUGGCCUCGGACGACGCGGAGCGGCGGCACCGGCAGGACGUGGAGGCCAAGAGGCAGGAGCUGUCCCAGCUGCAGCAGCGGCACCGGCAGGAGCUGGAGAGGUGCCAGCUGGAGUACCGGGAGCGGGCGCUGCGCCUGGAGGAGGAGAUGCACAAGCAGCGGGACCGGGCGCUGGCCGUGCUGGCCGAGAAGGACCAGGAGCUGGAGCGCCUGCGGGCCCUGGCGCUGCCCCACGCGCUGCCCCACGCGCUCCAGGCCUCCCAGAGCUCCCCGGACGUCCCUCGCGGCGACUCCCCCGGCCACGGCUCCUCCGAGGUUCUCCCCCAGGGCCUCCCCCUGCCCUCGGGCUCCGAGCCCACGUUGUUCCUGUACGCGGAGCAGCUGGCGCGCAAGGAGGUGGAGGUGUCGGCGCUGCGCAAGCACCGGCACGGCCUGGAGGUGCAGCUGCACCAGCUCAGGGAGAAGGCCCUGGCCGAGCAGGAGAGGCACCGCGAGGAGGUGGCGGCGCUGCAGGGCGAGAUCCAGAAGAACUCCCGGGACAGGAGCAGGGAAGGAGCCAACCUGGAGUACCUGAAGAACGUGGUGUACCGGUUCCUGACGCUGCCCGACGCGCGGGGCCGGCAGCAGACGCUCACGGCCAUCCUCACCAUCCUGCACUUCAGCCCCGAGGAGAAGGAGGACGUCGCCAGGCGCUCGGCCCAGGGCAGCUGGUGGCUCCACGGGAAGAGAUGAGGGGGCAGCUCUU